UGAAGCUGGAGGGCUUUUGGAUGACUGCCUUGCAGCUUUCAGAGAGGGCAGCGGAGGCUGCGUAUCAGUCAGGUGCAGAUCUGGCUUCUGUGACAGCCUACAACCACAUUCAGCUGGUGAAAACACAUGUGCAAGAGGUACGGCAGCUAUCGCAGAAGGCAGAGACCAAAUUAGCCGAAGUGCAAACAGAGGAGCUCAUUAAAAUGAAGGGAGAGGAAGGAUCGCAACUCUCAGAAAGCAGCAGAGAUGAUGAGCCUUAUCUGAGGGAGGACUGAAAAAAAGCAAGCGUCACCGUGGAGUACUGGAUGGUGUCCUGCGGAUUCGAGCAUCCCGAACUUUCAUGCUUUAAACUAGAUGUUGGAUAAUGAAGAGACGUUCUCCGUUUUAUAUUUAGCAGUAGUGUUUCCAGUGAUUUUGCUUUAUGAAGCGAGCCAGUUCCAGCUAGCUGAAGUUUCUGUUUUGUAAUUUAUCUUGAUAAUUAUGGGCACAGAUAAUCUAUUUUUAUUUAAGUGUUCCACUGUGCAAAUGUGAAGUUACCCUUAAAGUUAACAUGUUGCUGGGUGCUUGAAUCUGUGAAUGUGAGGGCCUAAUUCAGGUGACUUAGCCUUAGACAGUGGGACUGCCCACUUAUUAAUUGCAGACUUCAGCGAAAGAUGUAGCUCAAAUUUAAUUACUUCUCGCCUGUAAAAUCUCAUCAUUAAAUACCUGAGCACCACAGGAGGCAUUUCAUUUCCAGAAUGGUUACCCAAACAGACACUUUCUCACUUGUUUUACAUCCUGGUUUUCUAGUUAUCUGGACUCUGACAAAUCAUAGCAGACCUCUUUCCCCUUCAAGCCUCUUAAUAAAAAAAGUCAAGAUACCAAAGUCUAAACUGCCCUUAAUUAUAGCCAAGGGGAUGCCGAAGAGAGUGCUUGGAUUCAGGGACACAUGGGAUUGCCACUCCUCGGGAGAAUACAACAACUACAGCGGUGUGCACUCAGACUUACAGUACACUACUAGGCAGAUGCAAUACUUGUGAUUCACAGAGAAGCAGCUGUUAGCAAAGUUGCUGAUCCACGCUACCUACAAACAGAAAGCGUGUGGCAAUUGCCUGCUUAAUAAAGAAGUGUUUGAAGGCAGAGGCCCCACAAGCAGCUGCAGCCAUUGUGCGGUAUCCGACGGCAGAACGCUGCGUUCAGGACUGGGAGCUUUCCAAAAACCCAGGAAAGUCAUAUUUUCUCUUUGGCAGCAGCGGUUACACUACAGACCAGGAUGUUAAACUCCAUGUGAACAUUUUACUACAGUCAUUUCUUACUGUAGCUUCUGCUGACUUCAUGUUUCUGUAUGAUCUUAUUUCCCCAAAUUCUCUUGUGGUUUUGAUAUUUUAUUGUUGACCUAAUAAACCCAGCAUAAGUCUAACCCAUCGCUCCACAGCAACAGGUUUUCAGCAACUCA